UAAAUCUAAUACUACAUUAAAUGUGGUGGUUGGAAAUGUCCAGAACCUUCUGGAGAAGUUGAGGCUUUAUCUCAGUCUUCAUCUGUAGCCAAUCAGAAGCUGCUGCCCCUUUAGGGUGGAGAUGACCUUCAACCAUUUAUAAGGACACACACGUCCAACUGAAGCUUCAUUCAGCUUCAUUUGCUUUGAAUAAAAGAAACAAAAUACCCAAGAGCAGCCAUGGUUGUCUGGACUCCAGAAGAAAUCAAGACCAUCACCGGCAUCUUCUCCAGCCUGGACUAUGAGGACAUCGGCCCCAAGGCUCUGUGCAGGUGUCUGAUCGUUUACCCCUGGACUCAGAGGUAUUUCGGUAGCUUCGGUAACCUCUACAACGCCGCCGCCAUCAAGAGCAACCCCAACAUCGCAGCUCACGGAGUCAAGGUGCUCCGCGGUCUGGACCGCGCUGUGAAGAACAUGGACAACAUCAAGGCAACCUAUGCCGAGCUGAGCACCCUGCACUCUGAGAAGCUGCACGUCGACCCCGACAACUUUAAUCUGCUGGCCGACUGUCUGACCAUCGUCAUCGCCGCCAAAAUGGGAGACGACUUUACCCCAGAGACCCAGGCCACCUUCCAGAAGUUCCUGGCUGUGGUGGUGAAUGCUCUGGGAAAACAGUACCACUAAACGUGCUGAAGCCUCCAACACCUGGAGAAGGUCCUCAACAUCUGACUCAGUGAUGUGUCACUCAUCUCUUCCAUGGACAAAAUAAAAAAAAUAAAAAUAAA